AUGGUCUCGAAACGAAGGACCAAAGGUCACAGGAAUGCGAUGUUGGACGAGUUCGAUAAAUUGAGUAUCUCAGGAACCGGUGGAAAUGGAACUUCUACAGCGAAUGAAGAAGGAUCAAGACUGGACCGUUUCAAUAAUACUCGUAAAGAACCGGCAAAGCAACGAAGGGACGAACUUGUUUUGACUACUAACUUGUAUAAAAUUCAAACUGAAGACCGCCUCAUUUAUCGAUACGAUGUUCAUCAUACUCUGGUGAUUAAAAAUGGAGGGAUCACGAAGAAGGAAAUAGACCUGACUCCGACGAAAGCAAAUUCUGACGUUCAACGUAAUACUAUAAGACUAGGGGCUUUGAACCGUGUCAUAACCAGUAACCAGCUUUUAUCUGAUAUCAACGAUUACUGUUAUGAUGGAGCUGCCACGAUGUUUUCUGUGUCGGAAAUGAAUUUCUCAGGGCAGAAAGUUUUUGAAAUUGAUGCGAAGGACCUAGCGUAUGUAGAACUGUUGUUCAAACGAAAUGCAGACGACACCCUCAACAUUAGAGUUGCGUUGAAGUCUGCUGGAUCCCCUUUCAGUGUAGGCGAUGACAAAGUCGAUCAAAAUAUCCGUAAGCAGUUCCUUGAAAUAGUUACAAGCUUCCCAUUGUUGAGAGGAAACUUCUUCGAGAUGAAUUCUUCCCUUAUCGCUUUCCAAUUGCCACGAGAAAUGUUGCGUGACCUCACCCAUGGGUUGGAAUCUCGAUGCGGGUUAUCCAAAUCUGUGAAAUUCACAGAAGGACAGGAAGGAGGACCUUCACGUAGUCCAGUGCCUCAUCUGAAUUUGGAUGUGUCGAACAGUGUGUUCUACCAACCUUGUAGCGCUAUGGGUACUGCUAAGGCGAUCUGUAAGAGAUACUCACCUAGAGAUCGCUUCCUCGUAUGCUUCGAUCAACUGGAUUCUUUCUUUAAAGAAAUUAAAAUCGUUUAUGAUUACAACGGUAAACAGUUCCAAUUCAAAGCUAGUGGAACAACGCAAAAACCCUUGAAGGAUCUAAGCAUGGAUCAAGAUGGGAAGAGAGUGAGAUUUGUGGAUAUGCUUGAAGCUCGAGAUCGUGAAAACUUUGACUUGAAUUUUCCCGCUGUUAUCAUGAAGAAGAUGUUCAAAGGAAAACUCAAAGAGUAUUUGUUCCCUCUGGAGCAGCUUUACGUCGCUGAUUUCCAAAAGCUUCCGAUUGCAAAAAAUUGUAUAGACCCACCUGCCGCUUUGAAAACCGAAGUCAGGAUUCGUGUAGCUCAGCAGUAUAUGGCGGAGUUGGGGAUAUCUAACCCCAAGAGCUCCUUCCAUGGUUUCUUGAAGAACUUUGGUGUCCGUAUUGCGAUUAACGAAGUCAAAGUUACUGGUUUCAAGAAGAUGAAGCCUAAAAUUGUGUAUAACUCCAAUAGAGAGGUUAAUCCUAGAACGGAUAACGGAACUUGGCGUAUUGAUGAUCGAGAGAGAUACAUUGUACCUGGAAAAUGCAAUACAAUAUUUUUUGCCUACAGAUGUGAUCCCAAGCUUGCCAAGGAGGCAAGUGAGGCUAUAGUGUCCUUGUUGAAAGCUAGAGGAUUCAUCUUCAAUAGUUUCCAAGGUGUUGGAAUCAGAAAAUUUUCGGAUUUGGAAGAUUUGUUCAUCUCCGCGAAAUCAACUACUGAUUUCAAUUUUAUUGUUUUCUUUGAUGCAAAGUUUAACAAAGAUCAUGAUCAUUUGAAGUUGAUUGAAAGAGAAUUUCAAGUCGCAUCUCAACAAAUCGUGAACGAGGUUGCUAUGACUUUAAUGAAAAGACCGAACACCCUUUCGAAUAUUGUUAAUAAGAUCAAUUUGAAAUGCGGUGGCUUGAACCAUUCCAUCAUUCCCGACUCAUUCAGUCGGAACAGAUGGCUUAAUAAAGGAAAUAUGUUGGUGAUGGGGUAUGACGUCGCUCAUCCAACUGGUAAUCUUAGUAGAGCAGAGAAGUUUGGUGAAUUAGUGACGCCCAGCGUUGUUGGAUUUUCAUGGAAUGGAGCUAUUCAUCCAGAAGGAUUCGUUGGAGAUUUUGCUUAUCAAGAACCUCGUCGAGAAUCUGUGAACGCGAAUCUUUUAAACACAUAUGUGAAGUACAUGUUGGCGAUGUUCACUGAAGCGAAACCGUUGCCACAGUAUUUCAUAAUUGUGAGAGAUGGUGUUUCUGAAGGCCAAUAUGCUAUGGUUCUCAGGGAGGAAUUUGAAUGCAUCAAGGAAGCUUGUGAGGAAUUUGCACGAAUUAGCAAAACUGACUGGAUUCCGAAGUUUAUGAUUUUCGUCGUAACGAAACGUCAUAACGUACGGUUCUAUCAAAAUAAAAAUGGAGGACUUGGCAACUGUGAACCGGGAACAGUCGCAGACACUGUUAUUGUGAAGAGGGACGUGUCAGAGUUCUACAUGCUCUCACAUAGAGUUGUGCAGGGAACUGGCAAGUUUCCCUCAUAUCAGAUUCUCUUGGAUGAAAUUGAUAUGAGUAUGGAUGAAGCUCAAUCAUUGAUGCAUACUCUGACAUAUAACCAUCAAAUCAUCGAAGCUCCUAUUUCUCUUCCGGAGCCUGUGUACCAAGCAGAUCGUUGGGCUGACAGAGGUUCCAGAAUUUUCAGAGCUUGGCAAGAACAAUAUAAAAUUCCGCGAACGAAAGAUGGAGUGGUUGAUUUUGCCCGGCUCUCGGAGAUGUUGAGCUAUCGGAACACGCGACUGGCGAAAACCAGGAUAAAUGCUUAA